GAGUUCCGAUGUUUGUUUCGUUCUAAUCGGAUAAGUCCAAUUUUUCUUGAAUGAUUUUAGCGAAACUUGUCGGCGAACGGCUCAAGUGGAUUUUUUAAUAUUCUUACAGAUAAAGAUCAAAGCAUAAUAAGAUAAUAGGAAAAGGUAAAUGAUGGGAUCUGCGAGUACGAGCACAUUAUUAAACUAUAACAUAAUAUCAAGUUCAAGCCGAAAAGGACCUAAUUAUGAGGUAUUUUGUCCUCUAGACGCAGAUGAGUUCAGGCCCCAAAUCAAUUGUUUUUUUACGGUGAGCAAUGACGCCAAGUGCCUUUUCAACUAGCUGCUUCUAGUUACUCCCAUUAGAUGCAUCGUACAAUUCAUUACUGCAUUUAGGUAAUGCCAGUUAUGGUUUUUUAACAAAGACCAGCAGCUAGAUCAAUCUAUCAGUCUGCUUAGCUAGGAAAGCCACCAGACUCAUCGCCCGAUAGAUUGCUAGAUUCAGCUAGUCACACUGAUGUUUAAACCCUCUAACCCAUAGCAACUAGUGAAGUCUAGUGGUGUAACGGGCAAUUCAUCUAGUAGUAUAUAUGGUCAACGUCAACUACUAGAUGAAAUAACAGUUGAAGUUAGUGAUGAAGCGGGUGCAACUGGUUCAAUUGCUGGUUAUUCCGCUUCACCAUUUUUACAUAUUUCAUUCACUGAACGUCGAAACUUUAAUGAAGAUCUUUGGUAUCGUACAAUGAAUACACAGGAAACACCUGAUUUAAUUAUAACACAUUGUUGUAUCGGAAUGUCGGACGAAGCAUUAGCUCGUUUAUCAUCGCGUGAUAACAUUAAACGGCGCAUUAGAGUGUUACGUCAACAUAGAAAGCUUCCAUCAGUCCCAAAUGAUCCUAAUUUUCCAAAUGUUGGAUUAGCUUUCCAAAUGGAAAUACAGGCACCAGGAAAAUUAGGUACGAGGAAAUUUCACUUUUCAACUGCAAUUCUCAACUCACUUUCUCAUUUUGAAAAAAGUAUGUCUACGGGAAAACCAACUGAUUUAAUUAUAACACAUUGUUGUAUCGGAAUGUCGAACGAAGCAUUAGCUCGUUUACCGUCACGUGAUAAUAUUAAAAACCAGCGGAAACGUUUUGUAAAUAGUCCACUUAUGUAG